GGAAGCGCGGUUUCUGCUGCCUCCUCGGGGGCAGCCGCUGCGGGCUCAGGGAGUACCGCUGCUUGCACCAAACCAACUCGGGAUACAGGGAUUACUCCCACUCACUAGGGGUUUGCUUCACGGGCUGCCGUUACUUGAUUCUUCUCUCAUCAGCAACUGAUCAGAUGACACUAUGGGUGACAUGGCUAAAGUCAAAACAGUGCAUGAACUGAUGAGAAACAGCAUUGCCUUCUGAGAACACUAGCUUCCUUGUUGCCGGAAAUCCUAAGUGCAACUUUACUACGGAAAGAGACCCUGAUGUUCUGUGAUCAUUGAGCAGAGUUUGCAAGAAUGGAAAAGCAAAGGACCCCACUAGCUGUGUCUCAUAAAUAAAAAUUUCCAAGAUUCAGCUGAAUCGAAAAAAAAAUAUUUCAGCCAUGGGAGAAAAUGCAAGUUUUUGGGAAAGUUUGAUAUAUGCACAUCCUACGUGUACCACCUGGAAGCGAGAGGCAGAGGGAUCUAUCUACCACCUAGCCAGUAUUCUCUUUGUUGUGGGCUUCAUGGGUGGAAGUGGAUUCUUUGGGCUUCUCUAUGUCUUCAGCUUACUUGGAUUAGGCUUUCUCUGCUCUUCUGUUUGGGCUUGGCUGGAUGUCUGUGCUGCUGAUAUAUUCUCCUGGAAUUUUAUACUGUUUGCUAUAUGCUUCGUCCAGUUCAUUUAUGUUACCUACCAAGUUCGGAGUGUUUCCUUUGACAAAGAAUUCCAGGAACUCUAUAGCUCUCUCUUCCAGCCUCUGGGAAUUUCCUUGACUGUCUACAGGAAGAUCGUCUUGUGCUGUGAUGCAGAAGUGGUUACCCUGGAGAAGGAACACUGUUACGCCAUGCAGGGCAAAACACCUAUUGAUAAACUGUCCUUGCUUGUGUCAGGCAGGAUCAGAGUGACAGUUGAUGGGGAGUUUCUGCAUUAUAUUUUUCCUCUUCAAUUUCUGGAUUCUCCUGAAUGGGAUUCCCUGAGGCCCACAGAAGAGGGAAUUUUCCAGGUAACUCUUACAGCAGAGACAGAUUGUCGGUACGUGGCCUGGAGGAGAAAGAAGCUGUAUCUGCUGUUUGCUAAACACCGUUUCAUCUCCCGCCUGUUCUCAAUUUUAAUUGGGAGAGACAUUGCUGAAAAACUCUAUGCCUUGAAUGACAGAGUGCACGUGGGGAAAGGCUUUAGGUACGACAUUCGGUUACCGAACUUCUACCACGUUGCACUGCCGGAGACCCCUACGCUGCAGCCCUCCUACCACCUACAGAGAAGAUCCCCCCGGCGCAAGCCCCUGGGGAUUACAAACUGCAGCCCCUUCAGCUCACGGUCCUAGGAAGGAAAACUCUGCGGCAGCUGUUCCCCAGAGCAAAGAAGGGAAAUGUGAAGUGUGAAGCAGAAGGGCAGGAAGAUGAAGCAGAAUGAGACCCAGUCAUGCCAAAUUUGACUGACAAGUGCCAUUUACUUUCAUUGGAGUAGCUUGAAUUCUUUCUCUCUCUAGAGCCAGUGGAUUGGCUUCUGUGUUUGACUGUUUGUGCAAUGUGUUUAGUUUCUGUUGAUUCUUUUGUUGAUGUUCAUCUCCAUACUUCUAGAGGAAAACAAAUCAUUACAGGCUGAAGUUUUACUGUAACUGCGGUGGCCUCUGUGUUGUGGUUUGGUUUUUUUCGUUAAAGUAACACCAAAACCCAAACCCGUGGUAUUUGUUAUUACACUUUCUCAAAAUCAUUUGCCAUCAUGAAGUAUAGCUAGUCAAUGAAAACAAGUUGUCUUCAAGCUAUAGCAACUUGCUUGUAGCCUUCAUAUAUAUGCCAUGUGAACACUGUCUCAAUUAACAUAAAGAAUAUUGCCAAAAAAGAUUUAAGAAACCCAUUGUAUUUGUUUCCUUUCUUUCAAAAAGGAAAGAUUUUGAAAUGCACAGCAUGAUUCUUAAAACAACAACCAAAUAGAAAACAAAACAAAAAGCCCCCCCUCCCCCAGCAAAUUUUGUCUCAUGAGCAAUUGGUUUCUCCCUGGCGGUCCUAAUGAUGUAAUGUGUGAAAAUAAAGAUAAAUGUAAUUGCUGGCAUUACAAAAGUAAAGCAGUUGUGUCUGCUGCAAAUACAGUUUACGGAAAUGAUUGUGUAGUGCUUUUGAUAGAAUGUGAUGCUAUAGGACCUAGGCUUCCACAGUGUCAGUGCCAUUCAUGACAUAUUCAAUAAAUACUGCUAAUGAAGGAACUGCCAAACCACUGGAGUUUGUUUUACAAUAUUCUUUUUAGCUAGGUCUGUCAGAAACAGCUACAGCAAUAAAUACAAUUUUUAAAUUAAACAUUCUCACUAAGCUUCCAGAGUCACUUUUCUGUGCCUGUAAAAUUCCUGAUUUAAUAGUCUUUUAUUCUCUCCCUAAUUCUGUGGUGGUUUAAUGGCAUAAGUGAGCACCAGCUCAUGCUUUGGUAGGAGGGUGUUGCUUUUGACUUUGAGGUCACUGUGCCUUUGGGGAGAAGUGUCUGAAUGUCUUGUCCUCCUGCUAUGCCUGGUGCCUGCUAGUAAUCAGAAAAUAAGAAGCAUUACUAUUUUAUGAGCCUGUAUUGCUGCUUGGUACAUCUGGAGGUAGAUGACAUUUUUAAUAUUUUAAAACUGCUGGACUGUGAUAGGGCAACCAUUGUGUGUGUAUCUGUGGGUAUAUGGAUGAGUUUAGAUCUUGGGGAUUGUUGAUGGAGGACUUAAAAUAAUGAUGCAACCUC